GAUAUUUGCCGAUGGAUAACGAUCUGUGUCGACAUUCCGAUACACCACGUGACUCCCAGUCUCGUCACAUCUAGGCUUGUUCUCGAGGUGUGUCACUCAGCCGACAGCUUCAGCAGACGACAGACCGAUCGCUUCAGAAGGCAACUAGGAUAACUUAAAAGAUGGCAACAGUUCUCGGUGACUCGAACUUCACGGACGCAGAAGCCAAGCAGAUGGCAGAAAAACUCAAGAACGCCAUGGAUGGCUUUGGUACCAACGAGGAUGAAAUCAUCGAGGUGCUGGUUACCCAUAACAACGCCCAGCGGCAAAAGAUCGCCGCCACCUAUGCGCAAGCAUACGGCAAGCCACUGAAGGACGACCUGAUCGCGGAGUUGACAGGGGACCUCGAGGAGUGCAUCGUGGCGCUGAUACUGCCGCCCCGGGAUCUGGACGCUCAGAUGAUUCACGACGCCAUCCAGGGUGCUGGCACCAAUGAGACGAUGCUGAUCGGUGUCCUGUGCUCGCGAUCCAACAAGGAAAUCCUUGAGAUCAAAGCCGCAUACAAGAGGAUGUAUGACGCGGAUUUGAACGACGACAUUCAGGGUGACACCAGCGGCUACUUUGCCCGGAUGAUGUACUCGGUGGUUACCGGCGCGCGCCAAGAGUCCAAAGCGGACGAACAUCUCGCUUAUGAAGAGGCACAGAAACUUAUUGAAGCCGGAGUGCAAUCUCUAGGCACGGAUGAAUGCGCAUUCAACGCUGUACUGGGUGUUUCGAGCUUCGAUCAUUUGCGGCUUGUCUUCAAAAAAUACCAGGAGCUGCGAGAGGGUAACACUAUUGAAGAUGACAUCAAAUCCGAAAUGAGCGGCACCCUCCAAGAGGGAUACCUGGCCAUUGUGGGGAUAGCCCAGGACAAGCAGCAGUUCUUCGCCGACUGGCUGUACAACACCACCACGGGGGUCUGGGGCACCAAGGACAGCGAGCUGAUCGGAAUUAUUGUCUCCAGAUCAGAGGAGGAUUUGAAGGAAAUCAAAAAAAAGUUUGCCAAAAAGUAUGGCACGCCCCUGGAAGACACCGUGAGAAACGAAUGCUCCGGCUACUACAAGCGCACGCUGCUGUCACUCAUCGAGGGGCGUUACGUCAGCAAGAGCAGCUAACUUUAAACUCCGCCCAUCCGGUUAAUUUCGCCCACAUUAGGCCCCACUCCCUUUCUAACUGCUGUAGAUCUGAUUCUUGUUUUUGCAUUUAUUAUUGUUACGUGUGGUUGUAAACUCUGUAAGAAGAUUUAGGUAAUUACCUUAAAGACAUAUAUUAUAUUUGCAAGUGCUCUAAAGUAUGAACCAAAUUCAAUUGCGUGUAAGCAUUUCGAAAAUAACAAUAAAGUUGGAAAAAUACAUGCACUCAACUUGGCAACCCAUUUUUAAAUAUCACACACAUGUACUCAAUAUCCACAACUUUUAUUGUGCUUCAUUUUUUAUAUACAAUUCUUCAUUUCGUGCUUAAUUGUUGUGAAACAAACUUGCAUUAGUUUAUAGCUAUAGGCAAUUUGUAUACUGAAUUAAAUGUGUGACAGACAGCGCAGGACCAAACACUGGUUGUGAUUGCAAUACAUUUUAGUGAUUUAUGUAUAUUUUACAUACACAUUUCAGGUUGUACAAUCUGUGUCGUAUACGUAGCUUUUUCGAAUACCCGUAUGUCUAUAGUGUCACUGUGUAUUUAAAUGUCUAAGUUACGGUUCUUUCCGUCUUUGUCUUAAAUACGCAUUUUAUAUCGUUAGACGCACUUUUUCAAAUGUAUUUAAGUUUUUUCUUAAAACUGUGUAUGUAUUGAUAUAAGAUAUUUUUCUUAGUUCAAUAAUGAAUCCGUGUUAUUCAACAUCGUAAGACACACUUUCACAUAACAUUCGUUUAUGAAUAUAUUGAUCAUAAAUGUCGUUUUCUAUUUCACUAAAAUUUCGGUCGUUACUAACAUUUGUCGAACGAUCAUAUACAAAACAGGGCCCAUAUCUACAAGAAACAGACUUUAUUUUAACUUGUAUCACCACUAAUAUAUACAAAUAAAACGUCUUGAGUUGACUUAUAUUGAACCAAAAUAAAAGCGUGUAUUGAAUUUUAA